CCCGCUCCCCUGCCUCUACUACCUCCAUCAUUUCUGUAAUCGAGCGUCGAGCUGCAUGAUCUGCACCUCUGCAAUUAUGCACGUUUCGUGUCGGAUGGGAUUCUCGGAAAACGCCGCAAAGCCGGCGCAGGCACGGAGCUCCGGCGACGCCGCGUCCCCCGCAACUUGUUAGCGUGUUGUGUGUUUGUGUGUGUGCGUGUGUGUGAGUGUGUGUGUGUGGAAGCAAGAGGCGGGCUCGUCUUGUUUAUCCAAAAUGACUCGACAUGGCUGUGGCUUUGACUCAACGUACGCGGUGCGCGCGACCCCUGGGAACCGUAACCAGUUGAGAGAGUGAGGCGCAAAUCAUCUUAAUGAAAGUCAUAAGUGGGGUUGGGUGGCCAUGGACCCAUUCAGCCAGCUUAUCCUCACCAUCUCGGUGACCAGUUUCUUCACCUUCCAGUGGCUCUUCCACAAAGUGAGCCCCUGGAUGUCCACACGCAUCAGCCCCGGCUUCCUCGGCCUCAGUGACAAGCAGAAGGUGGAAUGGAACUCAAGGACGGUGUCAACGUUUCAUGCACUGUUGGUGGGAAUCUUCUGUCUCCACAUCUUGUGGUUUGAUGAUGCCGUCAAUGAAGACCCAGUCUGGGGAGAUCCUACACUGGUGAAGACUAAUGUUGCCAUCACAACAGGCUACCUCAUAUCUGAUCUGCUGCUUAUAUUUUACUAUUGGAAGGCGAUAGGCGACAAGUUUUUUGUAGUUCACCAUCUGGCAGCGUUGUAUGCUUACUACUAUGUACUGGGCCAUGGAAUGUUGCCUUAUUUUGCUAACUUCCGUCUGCUCGCUGAGUUUUCUACACCAUGUGUGAACCAGCGCUGGUUCUUUGAGGUACUAGGGUAUCCCAAGUCCUCCCGGCCCAACAUGGCGAAUGGCGUCGCCAUGGCAGUAGUCUUUUUCAUGGUCCGCAUCGCUGUCAUGCCAGUCUACUACAGUCGUAUGUAUGCGGUCUACGGCACUGAGGCCUUCUACCUGGUGCCCUGGGGUGGCCGCGUAGCCUGGAUCUGCUCCAGUAUCUGCUUGGACAUCAUGAACGUUAUGUGGAUGCAUAAGAUUGCCCGCGGCUGCUACAGAGUGCUGCGCUCGGCACGCAAGAGCAAAGCCGGCACACCUCAGGAGAAUGGGAAGACGGAUUAAGGGAACCAGGGUGUCAGUGGUGAGAAAAGACCACAACUGAGACAAAAUGACGUCACUGUCAGUGCAUGGGCGAGUAGCAGCUUGGACACUUGCCUGUAACACCUGGGACGAAUUCUAUUACAGGGCCGAAUGUAAUAAGGGAAAUGUAGUUUUUUUUGGAAAGCAGGCACAGUCACUGAGAUGUACCAAUGGACCAUUUAGCUGGCCAUCCAUAAGCCAUGAAAUGACCUCUUAGCAAUACUCUGUGUGCAUGGCCAAUUAUUUUUUCUCUUACCACUACACAAAAGAGGUCGUCCCGGGACAAUGGACUGCCCAACUACAAAUUGUCAAAAAAGUUUACCGUUCUUUACGUACUUAGUGCUCAACAAAACAACUUUAAAAUGUUUUUUUAAUUAUUAUUAUUAUUACUGUUGCCUGAGUCCCAGAAUAAAAGUGAUGAAAUAUAAGGGUUGAUGAUGAAGCAAAGAUUUGAGGUAACCUUGAAAACAUUCAGUGAUUCCUCAUUAGUGGUCAGUGCCAUAAAAAUUGAUUCAGAAAGAUUGUCAGAUGCCUCUUGAGGAGAGAGAGGUCAAGCAUCUCUUUUAUCCUUGGUAAAUCUUGAGCCUAAUUUGCAGGGACUUGACUGACACGAGAUGGGAUUACAUCAAGUGCAAUCACAGAGAAGCAUAAGAAUGGAUAAAUCCGUUCGUCGCUCACCCACUGUCAUUGAGUUAAGAAGUUCAUUUAAAAAGCCAGCCUUUUUUAAAGAAGUGUAUUGGCAUAUUGUGAGUCUUGGUUUCAUUUGCAUUUGAAUGGUUAAUUUAAAUAACGGAGGGUUGAACGGGCAUCGGUACGCUGUAUGUUGUCUAUUUCUUUUGUCUUGCUGGUGUCAAGGCAAAUAGGUUUUAAAAGAUACAAACGAUUAAACAUAACUGUUUCUAAAGAAAGGGAACCUGAUGUACAGAGUACUUUAGAAAUGCUUAAAGGGAAACUGAAUGUCAGUGCUGUUUGCACACUGACAGUAAGCAAUGCAAGUACAUUCAUUUUCCUUAAGGAAACAUUGAGGCAACAAUUAGCUUUUUACAUCCCCAUGUUUUAAUGUGUGUACAAUAAUUCACAGAAUGGAAAAAAUAUCACAUUGACAAAGAUGUGUUGUUGACACUGUUUUGUGGGAGCCUGCAUUAUAUUUAUUUCACAUUGUGCAAUGCAUGUUAAGGGGUAAAACUAACCUUCGGAAUCUACAUCGUAGACAAACCUAAAAACACAGAUUGCAAAGAGCAGCUGCUUUGAAAUGUUCAUUUAUGCUAAGAGGGGAGAUGUUAUUAAGAUUCUGACACUCUUCUUGUUUUUUCCAGCAUCAAGUGUUGACCUUAGGUUUUUAGAAUAUUCACACUUUCCUAUUUAGGAUAUCUUUCUAGGCACAAACCCUUUAAUUUACCCCUAGGCAAGAUUUGCCAGCAAAUGUUGCUAUGUGUGUUUUUCCAUGAAGGAUUUUGACAUUUUAGCCAGCAAAUUAAAGUAAGUAAGUAAUGAUUCGAGUACAUUCAUUUGAUUUGACUGAAAUUAUUGGAUGUGUUUCUGCAGAUUGGGGUUUUAUGUAAUGUUAAGACAAUAAUCAGUGUUUCAGUUGGUAAUAAUUUUGUACACGUCAGACAUUUUUUGUAAUUGUUUUAGAGCAUUGUGAUACACAUAACUUCUGCCUCAUAUUACAUAAUCCAAUCAGCUGUCAAACAUAAUGUGCACUCCCAUAUUUAUUUAUCAGAUGGAUACAGUGGAUGUGUUUUCAGUGGACAUGAAUCUAUGAAAAGGCUGUGAAGAUUGACGUUUUACUUGUUUUCUUAAGCGUCAUUCUACUGACAACGCAGACGUGUUGAUCAUCAAGAACGCCAGAACAAAUCCGUUCAGAAGUUUUAAAGACAAAUGUAUCAUUUGUUCAGAUAACAAAGUAAUUCACGGAUGAUUUACGAGACACGUACUUGAAUCUUCAUUGUAAAUGUAUCUUUUGAGCUGUACAUCAAAAGCUUCUGUCAGAUGUUUUGUGAAACAGAAACGGGGGUUGCUAGUUUUUAAAUCCGCCUUGCUAUGUUCAGCAUUUGAUUUUGUUGCCUUUUUUAAACAACUUAUGAUUGCACAGUGAAUAUUUUGUUACACCCAACUCCUCACAGCACUGAAAAAAAUGUGUCAUUUUUCAGUGAUUUUACUUGUGUGUUUUGCCUGUCUGAUGCCUGUCUCACAUGAUUGUUUGGCCUUUGUAAUAGAUCCGUUUCAAAAGUAAAACCAAGAGGCUUGUUAAGGCUGGUUGUUUUAGUGCUUUUUGUUUUGUUAUGGUUUUAAAAUUUCAAAGAUUUAUGUAUUCGUGCCAGUGCUUAAGCCAUUACUACUUCAUGGUGAAGAUGUUUGGUUUUUUGGGUUUUUUUUUGUUUUUUUUAUAUAUAUAUUUCUUUUUUCAAAAUCCAUGAGCAUUUGCAUACAACAGUGCCAACUUGCAACCAUGAUUUAAUGGUUCAGAUCGAUUCUGUACACAUAACCAUCCCUGCACACUGUGGCCGGUCACUGUACGUUGAGGCUCAGUUUAGUUCGUCACGGUAAAACAGUGUGAAAGACUUCUUUCAGUAAUGCCAUCAAUCACUGGCAGUGUGCUUGGAACAGGAUGGACUUGACAACGGAUUAUGGGUGGAUGUCAUCUACAUUACAUGUGGAUAUCACUAUCUCACAUCUUAAAUGCCAGGAUGUGGUGUUUGUUAAUAUUUCACUGGAAUUAAAUUGAAAUCAUGCAGGGGUUUCAGGAAAGCAGGCCACAUCUGGUAGAAUCAGCGGUGGCUCUGUAUGCAAGGUCAUGCAUGGUCAAUAUGGUCUUCUUCUUCAUGCACCCUCUAUAACUGCAUGUGGUAUUGCAUGGAGAUUGCACUGUAAACAAAAUAGCAUAUACAUUUUCAAGACAAAUUUUGUUUGUUGUUUUCUUUUUCUUAGUACAUGUACAUAAUGUUUACUUAAACGUUAUUCUUGUACUGUGCCACAUAAUGUAAUCCACAGAUGACGAUGAUGAUAUGAUGUGGUGAGAACAUCAUAAAGCAGAUAUUUAGUAUAAUGUCCAGCACAGAAAUAAUCAGUAAGGGAAUACUUGAAUACUAAUCAGCACAGUUUAUAACAAUCUGGGCAGUGCAAAUUAUCAUUAAUCCAAUGAGCAUCUUGCUUUAUAUGCGUACCAUUGUCUUUAAUUUAUUAAUCCAAGAGAAGUAGACAUAAAACAAAGCAGAUGCUAUGGUAAUAGAGAGAACGCGGUGCUGCUGUCAGCUAGUUAAACUGGUGUAGAUGUUUCUGUUCUGAAUGUUGUGUGGAGGAGACGUGAGUAAGUGGAGGGUUUAGUGACAUUCUAUGAAUGUAUUGGAGAAGAGAAAAUAUUUGUCAUUUACAUUUUGUUCUUUACAAUAAAUACCAAAUUACCUGA